AUGGCUGCCGAGAGUCCUCUGAAGAGCAAAGGGAUUGCGAUUGUAACAGGCGCAGGGCAAGGCAUUGGCCGAGUGAUUGCACUUCGCCUCGCGAACGAUGGCUUCACCGUUGUCGCGAAUGACAUUACAGCGAACGCCUCGAAACUAGACGGCCUAAUCCAAGAAAUCAACAGCUUGGGUGGCAGUUCAUGGAGCUGUAUUGCGAAUAUAUCGGUCGAGGAGGACGUCCAAAAGAUGGUAGCAGAAGCUGUUUCGCAUUUUCCAGGCGAGAAGCUGACUGUAAUGGUAGCAAACGCCGGAAUCGCGCGCUACGACACUAUAUUCGAUUUGUCCGCUGCCGAUUUCGAUGCGGUUAUGACGGUCAAUGCACGCGGUUGCUUCUUGUGUUACAAGUAUGCAGCACAGCAAAUGAUACAACAGAAUUCUGGUGGGCGUAUCAUUGGAGCUUCGUCGAUGUGUGGCAAGAAAGGGUAUGAAGGCUUGAGUGCUUAUUGUGCCUCCAAGUUCGCCAUCCGAGGGCUCACACAAGCGGCUGCAUUGGAACUAGGGAAGCACCAAAUCACUGUCAACGCUUAUGCACCUGGUGCUAUCGAAACAUCAAUGCUGGACCAGCUCGCAUCAUGGUCAACUACUGCCUCAGGCGGCGCGCCGCAAAACUAUUUUGACACCCUCAAAGCACGGACUCCUCUCGGCAUCAUAGGAGACCCAACAGAUGUUGCUAACGUCGUGGCAUUCCUCGCGUCUGAGGAGUCUCGAUUUAUCACCGGUCAAACUAUCUCUGUCAAUGGAGGGACAUUCUUUGACUGA